CUUUAAAAUCGAACACUGAAUACACUAAACACGGUUGUUAAAGUGGCGUUGGCGAAAUGCAAAGAAAUUCAACAAUGAGUCGUAACUUGACAUUUUGUCAAAAGUAUCAGUUACUGCUAUGGAAGGACAUGAAAAUACAAUUUGCAAAUGUAGUAGAAUUCAUUAUGAUAAUUUUACUUGCUGCCCUUAUGCCUUUGUUGAUAUCCAUUGGAACGAAGGUUGCAAAAUCGAUGUUUCCCUUCGACAUAGAACUGGAAAAAGGGCCCGAUCCAAAAAGUGUUAAAACAAGUUUAUUUAAGGAGCUUUAUUUUACACCUUACAAUGGUCUUAUUGAGAAACUUGUUUUUGAACUUGCUAAUAUCACCGACUUUACGCAUUGCGAAAGUUUUGACGAGACUGAAGAGCUCUACCUUAAAAUGUUAAAAAACCAAAAAGCAGUCGGGAUUGAGUUCCCCCCUGAGUGGGAUUAUUUUACAACCCUUCCCGACACCCUAAAUUUUACAUUAUAUAUGCCGGUAUAUAUAAAAAGUAGUAGUUUCAAAUAUUUCGAAUCAGGAUUUUUAUUAAUGCAAGAACAGCUAUCACAAAUAUUUAUUAAAUGGAAGAGUAAAGGCAGGAAAAAUAUUACGUCGGUUCGGAUGAAUCAUUUUCCUUACCCCAGAUAUGUGCCAAAUCACUACUCGGAAUCAGCUAAAGUCAUGGCAUACAUGUCCAUAGUAUCCUUUUUUCUUCCCUGCAUAACAAUCGCCAAGUAUAUAGUAGCCGAAAAGGAGUACCAGCAAAAAGCAAUAUUAAACGCAAUGGGAUUUAGAAACAGUAUUCAUUGGUUUGCCUGGUAUACGAAAUCGAUGGUACUGCUAUUACUAUGCGUGUUAAUUAUGAUUAGUAUUUUUGCAACUGGAAUGAUUUAUGAAUUCAGUAACCUGCUCUGUCUUUUCGUCGUACUUCUUGUUUACAUCCAUUCACUCGUGUUCUUUGCCUUCUUCGUAAGCUCACUUUGUUCAAGAAGUUAUUGGGCCGUCGUGAUUGCACUUUUGCUCUAUGCGGCCACGGUUAUUCCCUUUGUGAUUGUGGGCACGAAAAGAGCAAGUCUUGCCGCACAAACGGCUGCCUGUUUUGGACUGAACUCGGCCCUGUUCUACAUAUUGCAUUCCGUGGCCACCAUGGAGGCUCAGUCGGUGGGAAUACAGUGGUACACCAUGGCCAAAACCGCAUCAUAUGGCCAUAAGCUGAGCAUAGUUGUCAUUAUGCUAAUCAUGUUUGCAAUCAGCUGGAUCGAACUGCUGAUAUGUCUCUACAUUGAGGAGGUGCGACCCGGCGAGUUUGGUGUGCCCCACCCAUGGUACUAUCCAUGUCAGAAAAGGUACUGGUGUCCACACCGAUUUGUACCACCGCUUCUGCCGAAGUCAAGGAAUUUGAAUUUUCCACUUCCAUUCGGAUUACUUCUUCCCAAUCCAGACGAUCAAAGACCGACGGGAAGCAUUCAGAAGAGACCAAAAGAUAAAAAAAUUGGUGUCGAAAUAAGGAAUCUCAACAAAACGUUUGGACAUCGCGAGGUGGUGAAGAAUUUAACCUUUAAUAUGUACGAGAAUGAGAUUACUGCCCUGCUGGGACACAACGGUGCUGGGAAGACCACCACCAUACUGAUGCUUUGUGGCAUGUUGCCACCCACAUCCGGAACAGCCCUUAUUAAUGGCUAUGAUAUAGUUAGGGAUCGAAUGAUAGCCAAAAGUAACUUGGGCAUCUGUCUCCAACGCAGUGUCCUCUUCAAGGGGCUAAGCGUGAGUGAUCACAUCUACUUCUUCAGCCGCUUGAAGGGCUAUACAAAAAAAGAGGCCAGUAUAGAGGCGGAUGUUUACAUCAGCAAGCUCCACUUGACCGAGUUUAAAAAGUUGCACGCCUUGAAACUAAGCGCCGGCAAUCAGCGAAGAUUGUCCCUGGCCUGCGCCCUGUGCGGUGGCUCCAAGGUGAUCUUCUGUGACGAACCAUCCUCCGGUUUGGAUCAGAUGGGACGCCACGAUCUCUGGCGGCUGUUGCAGAAGGAGAAGUUCGGCCGCACCGUCCUGAUGACCACCCAUCUCAUGGAGGAGGGCGAGAUCCUCGGCGAUCGCAUCGCCAUCAUGUGCGAGGGACAGCUCCACUGCUACGGCACACUGAGGUUCCUUAAGCAAUCGCAAAACACCAGCUACACGCUAUCCUGCGCAAUGGGCGCCAAUUGCAAGGUGGAUAAGGUGACGGAGCUGGUAACGCGAUACGUGCCCACCGCCACUUCGGUUGUGCGCGGCUUGGAUGUCAACUACAAACUGCCGCGAAACAAAAUUGACAAAUUCUCGGAAUUAUUUCGCGAGCUUGAGCAUAGUAUAGAGAGCCUUGAUAUCAUCGAUUUUGGCUUGUCCGAUUCUAGUCUGGAGGAGAUCUUCCUUAGUCUGCAUUCGGACCGUCUUGUCGGCGGAGCUGAUCCAGGAGAUGAAGAGAGAUCUGAUUUUGGAGGUCAAACUGAAUUUUCGAAACGAUCAAAAGUAAAAAGGGCGAAAGAAGCGCCAACAACUUCACGAGACAAAUCCCAAUUAGAACAGGAACCGGAACCAGAACGGAAGAAAGUACCAAGACCCAAAAGGUUGCCAGAACCGAGAAAACCACCAGAGUCGAAGCCCACACAGAUAAUAACCGUGCCGAAGGAAAGAUUGAGGCCAAUGAUCAGAAGAAAAGUGAGCUGCACGCGCCAAUUGCAGGCAAUGAUGAUAAAGAAAGCUAAUUACACAGUCAAUCAUAUUUUCAUAUUUCUAUUAAUCCUGAUCAUACCACUUAUAUAUUUUUUCAUAGUCCUUGGGACCACCGAUCUUGCGAAAGAUAUCCCACGAAAAAAACUGCCAAUUGUGCUGCCACUGUCAUUAGACUAUUAUAACUAUGAUGACAUGAUCAUCUUACUUGAUGUCAACAAUAAGUUGUAUGAAAAAGAGGGGAAUGCCUAUGUGAAAUUGGUUAAAAGCCCUGCCACGGUACAAAAGAAAGACUCAAUUUUUUCGUACAUUAUUAGAGCAUCGCCAUUGAUACGCCGUGAUAUCAAUCGAAAGUUUGUUUGUGGGGCUUCAUUUGAUAAUGAAUCGGCUAUAACUGCGUGGUUCAAUAGCGAUGCGUUUGAACACUCGGCACCCAUUGCCAUGAAUCUGGUAUACAAUGCCCUCGGAAAAGUAGCCUGUGGUAACAGAUUUGGCAUUGUUGUAAACAGAGGUCAGUUGGAAGAUCAUAGUGUGAAAUAUAGAAGAUUGGGAAAACAUAAAUAUAAACGGCAGGAUAGUGUUGAUUAUGAAAAAGAAACGAAAGAAAAUGAAGAAAAUCGUAUCGUUAGGCACAAUGUUUCUGUUUCCUAUAAUACGCUUGCAGAUUCGGAAACUAAUAAUCUUCUAAUACAUCAGAUGUCUAUUGCAGAAUCAGCAACAACCUUAUUUAAUGAAACGGAUAGUAUGAAAAGAAUUUUUGGUGGCACUAUUGUAACAACUGUAUAUCUAGCUUUAGCCUUGAGCAUUUUUGUCGUGUUUGUAACGGAGGAACGCGUCCAGCAAAUGAAAUUGCAACAGGAAAUACAAGGACUUACUCCAUUCAUUUUUUGGUUGACCCACUUUUUCUGGGACUAUCUAAUCUUUUUUAUAUUUAUGCUGGCACUAACCAUUGCUCUAUAUCAAUCCACAAUUUGGUACCAAGUCCUAGUCAUCUUCCUAUUUAUAGGAUUCGCUUGCUUGCCGUUCAUCUACCUUUGCAGUCUGAUGUUCACUAAGCCAGCUACUGCGUUCGCUGUAAACUUUACGGUUCACGUGGUAACGGGUGGAAUACUACUAACCUGUGUCUAUUUGUUGAGAUUCUCUGUCAGUUCAGAAGAUGUAUUUCUUAUAUUUGCCAUAUUCCCAAUGUACGUGGGUGCCUUUGGUCUUUUUAAAUGCCUUUCACUGCAAGAAUAUUGCGGACGUGAGUUACUUCCUCCAAUCAAUGAGCUCAAAUGCAGAUUUGGAAGCGGUAACGUAUUCUGUGCAUGUCAAGAGGAAUAUAAAUGGGCAGACCUUUGGUUACUAUUGAUUCAUGGCUUUAUGUGGUUUUUCUUCCUUUGGAUUACGUGCUUCAGCCGCGAGAUUAGCCAUAUUUGUACCUCUAGCAAAUCAAAUCGUAUCUGGGACGAUGAAUCUGACAAACACGGCAGGGUGCUUGAUGAGGAACAAAGAGUGGCAGACAUUCCCAAGUACGAUCAUGAAGACUAUCCCCUAAUUGUGGACCAGGUUAAAAAGAAUUACUGCCGCACGAAAGCAGUCAAUUUAGUUUCAUUCGCGUUGGAACCCGGCGAUUGUUUCGGGUUAUUGGGCGCCAAUGGAGCCGGCAAGAGUACUAUGUUCCGGAUGAUUGUGGGCGAGACCAGCAUGACCGGUGGAAACAUCUAUGUCAAAGGAUAUAGCAUGCGGGAACACAUGACCUCGGCCAUGAAAAACGUGGGCUACUGUCCGCAGUUCGACACUCUCCACAGCUUUCUCACCGGCCGCCAAACGCUCAAGAUUUUCUGCCUGCUCCGAGGAGUGCCGAAGUAUCAUCUGAAUUGGGUCUCCGAACGGUUGGCAUACGACUUUGGAUUCAGGGACCAACUGGAUAAGAAAAUCCAUACCUAUAGUGGCGGGACUAAAAGAAAACUGACGACAGCCCUCGCUGUCAAUGGCGGAUGGUUGGUGUGCCUCGACGAGCCCAACAACGGAGUUGAUCUCUUGGCCCGCCACUUUUUGUGGCAGAAAUUGGAGACCGUAGUCACGGAUGGCAGGGCAGUACUCCUGACCACCCAGAACGUGGAGGAUGUCAACGCCCUUUGCACCAGAGUCGGCUUACUGGUCUCAGGCGAGCUGACGUGCAUCGGAUCGGUGCAGCAGGUGCGAUCAGAAGUUUCUCAUAUCAUGGUGCUUGGGAUCCAGGUCAAGGUCAAGAACGAUCCCCAAGCGCAGAAGGAGGUUCUGGAAACAGUUAUGGCUGAAAUAGAUAAUCUCUUUCCAGCGUCACUUUUACAGGAAGCGUUAGGAAAUUCCCUUAGAUAUCAUAUAUAUAAAAGUGAUACAACGUGGUCCAACCUUUUUUACCAGAUGGAACUAAAACGGAACGACGGUAAAUUGGAAGACUAUUCCAUAACUCAAGCUUCCCUGGACGAAAUUUUAAUGGAACUGAAUAACGAAGAAUUUAAUAUAAACGUUGACUCAGACUCAUCUGUAGAUAUGGAGGAAGUUGUGAUUGUCAAGACAAAUAAAAAAAAAUUUUCAAAUUUAGAUAUAACAAAAUUUGAAAAAGAAGAUAAACAAAGGAAAAAAACAGAUAAAAUUAAAGAUGAUGAAGGAAAGAAGGAACGAGAACUAAAGAGGAAAAACGACAAAGCAAAAGGAAAAGGAAAGGGAAAGGAAAAAGGAAAAGACAAAAUACGGAGACCAGCAUCAUCCUCUGAAAGUACUGAUAGUGAUAUUCAAUGAUAAAGGAAAACACCUAACUAAAACAUUAACAAAUGACAAGAGUACCCAAACCAUUACGAUAUGAGCCUAUAAGAAAUUUAGUAGUUAAAUAGCAGCCGACCGUAUUUGUAUUCAUUAAGGAAAUGUUUGCAAGUUUGCCCGCGUUUCCUUUUCUCUCAUCCUUCGACCCUGCACUUUGGCUUUUUGGUGAGCCUGGCUGCGUUCCGAGGGCAACGGUUGAUUAAAAUGUCAAAUGCCUUGCAUAUUUUAAAUGCCAUCGCGUCAACCCCAGAGGAAAAUUCAUCCGAAAAUUGAGGCUCAAGCUGAAAACCAGCAAGGACCAUACAACGGGGCAAUUAAGGACGAGAAGACCUCAGCUAAAACCAAGGACGAGCUCCAUAAUAAGAAUGGCGCAUAUUUAAUUGCCACUUCUGGAAGAUGACAGGUGCUGUAAUACAUACAUACAUAUAUGGUGGAGAAGUCGUCCCACUCUCAUUUUGGCUACAAUUUCAAGAAUAUUUUGAUAUAAUUUGUAUCACUAAAUUAUCUGAAUUUGUAAAGAUUUUUAAUACUUUUAAGGUACGAUAAAUAGAAUAUAAAUUUAUGCUUUCUCCUUGUACAACACAAAGAUAUUAAUUAAUAAUAAAAACACUUUUAUACAAAAAUAA